GCCAGCCACCGCCCCGAGGCUGUCCCAGGCGGUUAAGUCCGGCCGAAGCUUUUCCUUCACUGGCCCGCCCACCAUGACGAUCACCUACAGCUGUAUUGCUAAUGGCCGAGCGGUCCUAGCGGAGCUGGCCCUGACCGGAGGCUCCUAUCAGCAGCAGCAACAGUGCUUAAACUAGUGCUUCUUAGAGCUGAGCCAAAGACCAUAAUGCAGAUGGGAAGUUUAUCACUGAAGAACCUGUGGAGUGUAGUUUCCCACUCUCUGGUUUUGCUGACUGCAGAAUGCAGUUCACCAUGUUUCACGCGGCUGAAUCCACAGGCUGAAUCCCUUCCGCAAGACUAUAGCUUUGUCUACCAUACUCUCUUUAUUGAUGGAAUCACUUACCUAUGUGCCACAGACAAUGCCUUGGAUACCAUAACACCAUCUGCCUUUCUUAAAAAUGUUAGUGAUACUUUUCUGAGAAAUCCUUUGAUGUCGCAAGAACAUUUUUCUCCUUCAAAUGCAGUUGCUGCAGAUUUUCAACAAGUAUUAGGAAAGUAUAUGAUGAAAUACAAUAAAAAUCAAGAUGAUAGCUCAAUAUCUACACUGAGGAGUCAAGUAACUGAUGUAAAAAAUAUUAUGUCCCAAAAUAUUGAUGAAAUUUUGGAAAGCGAAAACAGACUGGAUAUCUUCACUGAUAGAACCAAUGAUCUGCAAACAACUGCCAAAGAAUCCCAAAAAACAAGAAAGAUUCUUAGGAGGAUAAUAUGGUGGAAACACUUCAGAAAGAUCAUAAUCCUCACUGUGCUACUUCCCCAGCCUCUCUGCCCUUUGUUAAGAUUAAGAGCACAAACCGUGGAAUCAGACCACUGAAGUGUAACUCCACUCGGCCACAUACCAGCUAGGUGACUUUGGACAAGUUAUUUAACCUGUGCCCCUGUCUCAUCUGUAAAAUGGAGCCAAUAAUAAUACUGCAUAGAACUAUAUCUACCACACAGUAAGUGCUAUUUAAGUGUUAACUAUUACUUAAAAGGAAAAAAUGAUUGCAUUUG